AUGAAUGACUUAUUCUCUCCCUCGCUUAAAAAGUAUCAGGACCUGAAACAACAGGUCCAGAUGGAUGAUUUGGAAGUUGGGGCGGGAGGAGGAACUGGUCCUUCCCAAAACGAAAGCAUUGAUCUUGCUAAGUUUUUCGAAGAUGUAGAGAAUGUGAAAGAGGAUAUGAAGGAGGUUGAGAAUUUGUAUAAAAGAUUGCAAGAAUCGAAUGAAGAGAGCAAAACUGUGCAUAGUGCAAAAACCGUGAAGGAGAUUAGGGCUCGAAUGGACUCUGAUGUUACGCUUGUGUUGAAACGUGUUAAGAUCAUCAAAGGAAAACUUGAAGGGUUAGAAAGAUCCAAUGUAGCAAAUAGGAAGAAUCCAGGUUGUGGUCCAGGAUCCUCUGCUGAUCGAACAAGGAUUUCUGUAGUUAGCGGUUUAGGGAAGAAAUUAAAACUGCUCAUGGAUGAUUUUCAAGCAUUGAGAGCGAAGAUGAAUUCAGAGUACAAGGAUACUGUGGCAAGAAGGUACUUCACCGUGACAGGAGAGAAUGCAGAUGAUGAACUUAUUGAUAAUUUAAUAUCAAGUGGAGAGAGUGAGUCCUUCCUUCAAAAGGCGAUUCAAGAACAAGGAAGGGGACAAAUUAUGGACACAAUUUCAGAAAUUCAAGAAAGACAUGAUGCUGUGAAGGAAAUUGAGAAAAAUUUGAUUGAGCUACACCAAAUUUUCCUAGACAUGGCUGCACUUGUGGAAGCCCAAGGACAACAAUUGAAUGAUAUAGAGAGUCAUGUGGCACAUGCAAGUUCAUUUGUUAGAAGAGGAACAGAUCAACUCACAGAAGCUAGGGAGUUGCAAAAAAGUUCAAGAAAAUGUACUUGCGUUGCCAUUCUACUCAUCAUUCUUCUUAUUAUUGUCCUAACUUUUCCACUUUGGUCACCAUUAAUUACUAGUAGGUUGUAG